AUGUCUGUACUCGACCCGACCCGACACGACAAUCCACAUCGCAGCUGGCUGUCGUAUCUUGAAGCCAAGCACGCUCCGCACACGUGAACUGACCGCUGCCCGCUUCUCCAACCAGGGAAUCGACAUUGAACACCACCACGUCAAGAAGGGAAACCGCACUGCUCCCCGCAGUGAGGACCCUUACCUCCUCUUGCUCGUCAAGGUCCGUAGUGGCAGCCAUCGACUCGGCCGGCCAUCAUCCUACCCUCCAGCGCUAACCCGUUCCUUUCCUCUUCCCAAACAGCUGUACCGAUUCUUGGCCCGACGAACCGACUCCAAGUUCAACAAGGUCGUUCUCCGCCGAUUGUACAUGUCGCGCAUCAACCGACCCCCUUUGUCCAUCUCGCGCAUCUCGCGCCAGGUGUCCAAGUCCAACGCCGCGUCGUCGACCGUCGUCGCCGUUGCGACCAUCACCGACGACAUCCGCUUGCUCGAGGUGCCCAAGCUCUCGAUCGCCGCUCUCCGCUUCACCAAGACGGCGCGAGCCCGCAUCGAGGCCGCCGGUGGUGAAUGCCUGACGUUGGACCAGCUUGCUCUGCGCAAGCCGACCGGUGCCAACACGUUGUUGUUGAGGGGUGCCAAGAACGCGCGUGAGGCGGUCAAGCAUUUCGGCAUGGGACCGCACAAGAACAAGAAGCCCUACACGAUCAGCAAGGGGCGCAAGGAGGAGAAGGGUCGUGGUCGCAGAAAGUCGCGUGGUUUCAAGGUGCGUUCUCUUGUCUAUCGUGAUCGAGAGGGAGAGGAAGCUGAUCGUCACCGCCUUGUUCAUCACAGGUCUAA